UUUCAAACCAGCGUGUUACAUUACCAACUCGCGCUCUAGCUACCCCUUCGUCGUCGUGCUCGUGCCUUUGCACCUUUGCGCUGGGGUUUCACACCCUGAUCUCGCUCUGCAGCCUCUCAUGCUUUCAAGCUCUCAGCAUCUUCGCCGCGAUGUUCGCACAAACAUGAUUCCCGCCAACGCCAACUUCUCAACCGUUGUCCCUCUCCUUCUCACCUUCUUGCAGAACUGGUUUCUUGCAGGCCGUUACUGCUUGACUCGGGGCAUGUCCCUCUUUUCCCCAUCACAGCUCCUCGAGGGCUCCCAGGUCACAUCAUACAGCCACACGCAGUCCACCCAGGGCCCUUUCUCCGACACGCAGUCGGUUCUGUCGAGUGCCGGUAGUGUCCCCUGGACCACGGCACCAAGCUCCUCAGCUGCAGCAGGCACCCGUCAGGGCAGCGGAGACCAGUCGCAGGGCUACCCCUCACGCUCCAUCGCCAACACCAGCAUCCAGUACCAGGACCAGCUCAACUUCGCGCGCAACAACAACACCAACAACAGGAUGGGCCAGAUCAUGUCCUCCGCAGCACCGUCUGCAGCCACAAACACAGCGACCAGCUCCGCUCAGAGGCGAGGCGACACGUGGCGUCAACAAACCCAGCGCCCCACCAACGAUGCCACAUUGUUCUAUAAGCGGUACGCAGAGCAGGAAUCGUUGUCACAGCAUCUCUCCAACCCGGGCAUCUCAGCCAAGCAGGGUCCCGUUUCUUUGCACAAAUAUGCGCCAGCGCGACCCCGCCUUCCCAGUGAUGCGGAAGCAGAUAGCGCGCAGGACACCCAGGCUCCAUUUCGCUCUGGUAUUGCCAGCUACACGGCGUACGUGGAGGAUCUCGAGACCACCACCGUAUCCUCCACGCUGUCUUCAGGGAUUGAGCGUGUUUCACGCGACGUCCAGUGCCUGACCACCGAGGUUGGCGAGAUUGGACGGGCUAUUCAAAGCGUGUCUCAGCAGCAGGACGUUGCUGGAUCUGAGCAAAUGGCGACGUGUUCUGAGCUGCAGAAGCUGUCCGAGGAGACGAAGCAGCUGCAGCAGAGCGUGGGGCUGUUAUCCCGGCAGCUUGAUGCCCAGCGCGAGAACAUCCUCGCCGUCGUGGACACGGUGCAACGCGUGCUCCAGCAACAACAGCAACUUGCCAUCUUGGUUGAGAAGCAGAACAAGCAGCUACAAGGGCAGCAGCAGCAACAGCAGCGCACAACCAGCACACAGAAGCAGCGGGUUCCUCUGCCUGAUGGCUCACCUGAGCUCGUGCAAGCGCCAGAGGCGGCGGCGGCGGCUCGGCAGUUGUUUGCAGAGCCGAAGCAGCAACAACAGAGGCGCGCAAGGAAGACCAAGAAGCGAACGCGGGCCAAGCUGACCAGCGCAAACAAAAAGAAAAAGCAGCAACAACAGCAACCGGCAAUGUCAGCUCGCCAACGGCAGCAACAACAACAAGCCCUCAUUGACAACCUCUUCUUUGAUUCUGAUGACUCUACCACAAGCAGUGAUGGCGGGGACGAGGGGCAUAACGCCACCGAUGGCGACAGUGAGUGA